AUGUCUACCAAUGUUGGGUCUGCCAAGACCAAUGCUUUUGACAUAAACACCCAGACCACAGCCCAAAGCACAGCACCCAUUGACGAGAAGACUGUUCACAUGGACAAUGAGAAAUAUGAGGCUGCGCCAGAGCAACCCGACCUAGAGGAUGCACACCGGACAGCGUCUACUGUGGCACCGUCCCAAAGAUCAGCCAGAAGAGACCCUGUUAGUCGAGUGACUACAGAUGCCGAAGGAAACACCUACCCGGAGGGGGGUCUCGAAGCUUGGCUGGUAGUGCUGGGCAGCUUCCUGGGUCUAUUUGGAGCGCUGGGCCUGGUCAACACCAUUGGAACGUUCCAAGCAUAUAUCCAAACCCACCAACUGAAGGAAUACAGCUCGGGAACCAAUGGUUGGAUCUUUGGAAUGUAUGCCUUUCUCACUUUCUUCUGUGGAGUGCAAAUCGGUCCUAUCUUCGAUGCUCGAGGGCCGCGCCUUCUUGUCUUUGCAGGAUCCGUACUUGAAAUGGCCAUGAUAAUCCUCAUCGGUUUCUGCACCCAAUACUGGCACUUUAUGCUUGUCAUCGGUGUACUGGGUGGAGUGGGAGCUUCCCUCAUCUUCACACCGGCGAUCUCGGCGAUCGGUCACUACUUCUAUGAGAAACGUGGACUCGCAACUGGCAUUGCUGCCACUGGUGGCUCUGCCGGAGGCAUUGUUUUCCCUCUUGUUCUAGAAGCCCUCUUCCCCAAGAUCGGCUGGGCCUGGGCCACUCGGGUUGUCGCGCUGAUCUGCCUAAUUACGCUAUCAAUUGCAAAUCUCUUGAUUAGGUCCCGACUCCCGCAGAAGCCAUUCUCCAAGGAGAAUGUGCUUCCUGACUUCCGGAUCUUCCGAGACCCGCGAUUCGUUCUCACCACCGCUAGCAUCUUCUUCAUCGAGUGGGGUCUUUUCGUGCCAAUUAGCUACAUCUCAUCCUACGCCCUCGACCAUGGGUUCCCUACCAAGUUCUCGUACCAGAUCAUUGCCAUCUUGAAUGCCGGCUCCUUCUUUGGGCGAUGGUUGCCUGGUUUCUUUGCCGAUUUCCUUGGUCGCUUCAACACGUUGAUCGCGACGGUAGCGCUUUGCUUGCUCUGUAACGCCUGCCUGUGGCUUCCUGCUGGAGAUAGUAUGCCUCUGCUGGUCAUUUACGCUGUUCUUUUUGGAUUCUCAAGCGGCAGCAAUAUCAGUCUGACGCCAGUCUGUGUCGGUCAACUCUGCAAAACAGAGAACUACGGCCGGUAUUACGCAACUGCCUAUACCAUAGUGAGCUUCGGCACUCUCACCGGAAUCCCUAUUGCAGGUGAGAUUCUGGCACGCUGCAAUGGAUCCUACUGGGGCCUUAUCACCUUUACUCUUUGCUGCUAUGCGGCUGGUCUUGCAUGCUGUACCGCCGUAAAGGUCAUCCAAGUUGGCUGGCGUCACCCUCUCGCGGUAUACUAA